UCUCGCUAAGUAAAUAUUGUCAUAACGCUCAGUUGAGGUCAAAUGAAGAAGAUAUUCAUUACAUUGUUCAGUGGAGCCCAUGGACGUGUCACUGAAAGCAGUGAAGAAAGCAAUCUCCACACUUCAUGUCCCCGUGUUUAAUGAAGUGACUUUUAAAUUACUUGAAAUAACAGUUGAUUUCUCUUUGUAACAAAUGUCAACCGUGCUUCUAAUGAAAGAGAAAUCAAUACACUUCUUUCUCUAACAUUCCGUAAUUCAGUUGACUUUUAUUUUAAGUGGAAGACGCAAACAUUGUCAGCUCCACCUGGCCUUCACCCAGAGUGACUGGGGAGUCCACAGUUGUGACAGGGGCCACAGUUUAAGAAUAAAGGGGUAGGCCAUUUAGGACUGAAAUGAGGAAAAACCUUUUCACCCAGAGAGUUGUGAAUCUGUGCAAUUCUCUGCCACAGAAGACAGUGGAGGCCAAUUCACUGGGUGUUAUCAAGAGAGAUUUAGCUCUUAGGGCUAACGUAAUCAAGGGGAGAAAGCAUGAACGGGGAUACUGAUUUUAGAUGAUCAGCCAUGAUCAUAUUGAAUGGAAGUGCUGGCUUGAUGGGCCGAAUGGCCUCCUCCGGCACCUAUUUUCUAUGUUUCUGUUUCUAUGACUGGUAGAAAUGCAUGCUCCAUUCUUGAAGGUAUCUCGUGCGGGAUUUGAAAUCCCCGUCAAGUCAUAACGUGCCAAUAAAGAUGCUCUGCUUUCUUUCCAUAGAUUAUCUGUUUUAGUUUAAUGAUACAGCACAGAAACAGGCCCUUCAGCCCACAGAGUCUGCACCGACCAACAAUCCCUGCACACAAAUACUAUCCCACACACACUAGUGACAAUUUACAUUUGUACCAAGCCACAUAACCUACAACCUGUACGUCUUUGGAUAGUGGGAGGAAAGUGAAGAUCUCGGAGAAAACCAAUGCAUGUCACAGGAAGAACGUAUAAACUCCCUACAAACAACACCGGUCAUCAGGAAGGAACCGGGGUCUCUGGCGCUGUGAGGCAGCGACUCUACCGCUGCGCCAUCGUACUGCGAAGCCUGUCUGAGCUACAGGACCCCCAGCUUCAGGAAAAGGCCUUUUUAAAAGCUUUGGGUUUAACAAGCCGGCCUCAACCCUCUGAUCCAAGGCCUGUCCCAGUUCGACUGUGGAAGAUGUUCCAGAGGAGAUCCCGAUCUCUCAGCGAGGUCGAUUCUGGAGAGGACAUAUGCAGAAUGGAUGAGCUGGGGGUAGAGGGAGACACCCUCCGCCAUCUCCCUAAUUUGGGUGACUCAGACCCCGAACUGGAAUCGUCUCUUUCCUCUUGUGUGCGGAGGCAGCUUUACUUCAACUUGUCCGUGCUGGAAAACAUGGAAGAGCUGACACUGGCUCAGCUGGAACUCUCCCUCCUUGGCGACCCCUAUCCCUUCCCUGGUGUAGCCACAGUCUGCACUUUAUCCAUCUGGAGUUUGGGGGAGCCCUCCAGCUCCAGGCAGGAGCUUGUGGCUCUGCAGUCCUUUCAAUCACUGCGUGGCUCCCUUUACUUCAACCUCACUCAUAUCUCCAGAGCAUGGAGACACCAGCACAGCAAUCAGGGGGCACUCCUGGAGAUAGGCAGCACCUCGAUUGGGGAUCACCAGGAGCUUCACCCAGCUUGCAGCAGAAUUGCCCAGGAUCUGCACAUCUCCCUGUUGGUGGUGACUCUGAAUCGGGAGAAAUGCAAAGCGUCCAGAAGGAAGAGGAGCUCCUUUCAGCUGCCACUUGCAUUCAGCCGUGUCUGCAAACGUAGGAGGCUCCAUAUCCAGUUCAAGGAUGUCGGUUGGCAACAUUGGGUCAUUGCCCCUCAGGGCUAUAUGGCCAAUUAUUGCCAUGGAGAGUGUCCUUACCCACUGAGUGAGAGUCUGAAUGGUACCAACCACGCCAUUCUGCAAACGCUAGUACAUUCCACUGACCCCGGGCAAACCCCACAACCCUGCUGUGUCCCCAUUAAGCUCUCCCCCAUUUCCAUGCUCUAUUAUGAUAACAAUGAGAAUGUCGUUUUGCGCCAUUAUGAUGAUAUGGUGGUGGAUGAAUGUGGUUGCAGGUAGGAUAUUUUCCCUGGUGAAGAUGCGUUUUAAUUUGUAAUUUUUAAGACCUAGUGCUUUUGGCAAUGGUACCUUCCCCCACGGUGAACUUCUGUCUAAUGUUUUGUUUUAGGUGGAUGGUGGUGUGAAUUGAAUUUCAUCCACCUGAAUCGACAUCUAGCAUCAUCCUCAAACAUGUCCCCUUAAGUUAAUUGUCGAAUUAAAUCAUUUGAUUCAAAGUUGUAAUUAUAAUUGGAACUUGAUUCACAAUAAACGUUUUGUUGUAUUUCUUCAGCAUAAUGAACCGAAGUGUUAACGUUCACGUUAAUGUACACAUAAGAGAACUAGUGCCAAUUGGCACACUGAAUAUUUCCUGGAUGUUUUUGUUUUAUUUCAGAUAUCCUGUAUGAAGUGAUUUUGCUUUAGUAACAGUACGGUCUUUGAGCAAUUAGUAACUGUGGCAAGUUUAUUGAAAUAAAAGCAAUUAUUCCUCAUUACCUAUAGUUUGCAAGAUUUUUCCUUUCAAGUACUAAUCUUGUGCGAUUUCCAAAA